AUGAACCCCCGGACGACCUGGCAUGCCAACCCCCUAUCGUCUACGCGUCCUCACGGCGCUGUGCGCAUUUCGGAUAUGUUUGAUAUGCUGAGGGCAUGUGGCCUCGUCGCCGCAACUGCCUCCACUCAUGUGCCCACGCCCGUCACAGUGAUGACUCCCAAGACGUCUCCACCACCUACAGCAGUGGGCACGCCGUACGGCCACCCUGCGCCCUCGCCUCUCGCUCAUGCGUACCACCACGUUCACGACCCCGACCGCGAUACCUCGGACGCGGACUCACUACGCACAUCGUACGGGUUCGGACCCAGCCCAAGCGCGAGCUGCGCCAGCCUGACGUCGCUCACCACAUCCGCCUCCUCGCGCUACUCUCAAUCGCAAUCUCCCUUGCAUACCCGCUCCUUUGUCGUCAAGAAGCCACUGCCGCCCACGCCAACCUCGGCGCCACCGCUCGCCGUGCCCUCCUCGCCUUCGUCAACGUCCCUCGUCUCCGUCUUCCGCACGGCAUCUCUCAACCGCUUCCGGCGGAGCAAGUCCAAGGCGAAGGAGAGGCCCAAGAAAGAACCCGCGACACCCGAAGACACGGUUCGCGUCGACUACCCGUACAUUGGCGCGCACCUCGAUCGCGAGCGCUCGGCCGUGCCGCCCCCGCCCGAGCAUGCAUACACGCACGGGCUCCCAGACCCGCACUUGCCUUUGCCCCCACACAACGUACGGUGGCAAUUGGCACACAGUCCGUUGGAUGUCCGAGCCAGGCCACACCGUUCGCGCACGGACCCCGACGCCGACCCCACGCCCGUCACUCCACCGAGCGAGUUCAGCGCUCGGUUUCAGGCCUGGGGGAAAGCGCGCGCGCACCGUGCUCCAGCGACUCCGGAGCCUCUCAGCCCGCGCCGGGAGAUGUCACGCUCGCCGCUGGCCACGCUCGCCCUCGAGGAGGAGGACCGUGCGUCCCGGGAGAUCUCUCCUGCGCCCGAAGCAGAUGCACCGCGGUCAUCGACAUGCUCGUAUUCGGAGAGCGACGAACAGCAGACACUGCGCGGACGUUGA